AUCUUCCUCCUGUGCAUGGUGGGCAACUCGCUCAUCUGCGUCAUCGUGCUGAAGAACAGACGCAUGUGGACCGUCACCAACAUCUUCAUCCUCAACCUGGCCAUCAGCGACCUGCUGGUGGGGAUCCUGUGUCUGCCCAUCACGCUGGUGGACAACCUCGUUACAGGGUGGCCGUUUGAUGCCGUGGUGUGCAAGAUGAGUGGUCUCGUGCAGGGAGCAUCUGUCUCCGCGUCAGUCUUCACUCUGGUGGCCAUUGCAGUCGAGAGGUUCCGAUGCAUCGUUUACCCGUUCCAGCCCAAGCUCACCCAGAGGCAAGCCGUCAUCACCAUCGCCUUCAUCUGGGCCUUGGCCAUCGUCAUCAUGUGUCCCUCUGCUGCCACGCUCACCGUCACCAAGGACGAGUUCCACUUCAUGGUGGACGGCAUCAACAACGCCACCUACCCACUCUACACCUGCUGGGAGAACUGGCCGGACCAGAGCAUGCGGAAGAUAUACACCACGGUGCUGUUCUCGCACAUCUACCUGGCGCCCGUCACGCUGAUCGUUAUCAUGUACACACGCGUGGCCGUCAAGCUCUUCAAGUCGCCCGCGCAGCUCAGGGAGGGCCGGGCCGAGGAGGACGACCGCCGCAUCUACCGCCGCAAGAUCAAGGUGAUUCACAUGCUCCUGAUCGUGGCACUGCUCUUCACCAUCUCCUGGCUGCCUUUGUGGACGUUGAUCCUGCUGACGGACUACGGCAGCAUGACUCCCAGCCAGAUCAACGUGCUCUCGGCGUACGUCUUCCCCUUCGCCCACUGGCUGGCCUUCUUCAACAGUAGCGUGAACCCCGUCGUCUACGGAUACUUCAACGAGAACUUCCGACGUGGCUUCCAGGCGGCGUUCAAGUUCCAGCUGUGCCUGCUGGACGGGAGGAAGAGGAAGGUCUUCUGUGGCCAGGAGAAGGAGAAGGAGAAGCGCAAUGAGCUCGUGCUGGAGGACAUCGACUGAAUGUUCUCAAAAAGAAUGUCUGGUAAUGUCUGGAUUAGUUAGAAUAGAAUGUUGCGUUUCAAAAUGUCUUUUAUUGAUGGAGAAUGAAUUAUUUUGCUGAAGCAGGAGUAGAAUGAACUUGUGUUGGAAGAGAUUGACUGAGUGUUCU